AUGAGUGAGGAGUUGGAUAGAUUGCCUCCACUGUCUCCUUCGUGUUGUAUCUACAGAGUUCCUAAGCGACUACGACGUGUAAGUGAAAAGGCCUACACACCUCAAGUAGUCUCUAUAGGCCCCCUUCACCAUGGCAAGGAAACCUUAAAAGCCAUGGAAGAGCUCAAAUAUAGAUACCUAAAAGAUUUUUUAGAUCGUACCGAUGUUAAGUUGGAGUACUGCAUAAGAAGAAUAAGGGACAAAGAAGCAGUGCUGCGCAGUUGCUAUGCAGAGACCAUUAAGUUUACCAGUGAUGAAUUUGUAAGAAUCAUUCUAGUGGAUGCGGCCUUCAUCAUUGAGAUCUUAAUGAGGUUUCGUUACAAGAAAUUGCGAGUUCCGACUGACCGGAUAUUCAACAAACCAAGGAUGUUAGAGGAUGUAUGGCCUGACAUGCGGAUGCUUGAAAAUCAACUGCCGUUUUUCAUUCUUGUGGAUCUUUUUGAUCAGGAGAGAAAUAGAGUCGACACUGAGACGACUUCCAUAAUUGAUCUUUCGCACCAUUUCUUCAAAAAUCUAAUGUAUCUAAAAGAUACGGAAGAUGCUUUGCCCCAAAUACGUCCUCCUCAUGAGGUAGAACAUUUCGUUGAUUUUGUUAGAAAGUUAUAUCCAUUGCCACCACCAUCAGUAUUGGAAGUACCACAAGCUCGAGGGCAAUCUAAAACUCUAGCCAUAUCUAGCAUGAGGUCAUCAUCAUUUGUAGUGGAUGUACAACAAGCUCAAGGGCCACUCGAAACUCUACUCACACUCACACCCAGCAUGACACAAUUGUACCGCGCUGGAGUCAAGUUUAAGGUGGGAUCUAGUAGAAAUAUAUUUGACAUAAGAUUUGAAGAUGGGGUAUUGGAAUUUCCAAAAAUUACAAUAAGUGAUCAAUCAGAAGUUACACUCACAAAUCUCCUUGUCUAUGAACAAAGCCUAUGCCAGAAAGUUGAGAAUUACAUAAACGAUUAUGUUGUCAUCUUGAACGUUCUUAUGAAAACCCCAGAAGACGUGGAAUUGCUUGUUAAGAAUGGAAUUGUUGAAAAUAAGCUAGGUGACAGCAGUAAGGGGUGUACGAUGAUUAAGAACCUAGCGGAUGGGGUCGUUAUGGACUCGGAGGAGUUCUACUUUGCCACUCUUUGUGACGACCUGACCAAGUACUACAAAAUGUUCAGGCACAGAGGGAUGGAAUAUUUGAUAAAACAUUUUUUCAACUCACCUUGGACAACUAAAGAAAUCAUUGCAGCUGUUAUUCUUCUAGUGCUCACUCUCAUACAGACGGUCUGCUCUGUUAUCUCUGCUAGGCAAAAACAGUAA